AUGCCAUCAUCAGUCAAUUCCGAAGUGAAGGCAUCCUCAAUGGAUGAAGAGAAACAAAUAUACGACAAACCACUUCAAGACAACACUUCAUCAGAGUUAGAACACGCUAUUGAAGAUGAAAAGUCUAUUGGUGUUUUGAAA